UCGAAGAAGCCAGGGGAUCAAUGCAUAAUGUAAACGGGAACUGGUAAACAUAUAGAAUAAACCCUCCUAAGGCAUUGGAAAGUUUCCCGAUUAUUGAGGCGCUCAUGAGGAGUUUUGUACUGGUGUGCCUUCGUUCCUGGAAGAGGCCAGACUAGUUGGUUAGUGCGUGGAGUGUGCUUUGCCUGUCAUCGGUAUUGCCUCGUCCCUAUCUACGGAGACACUCAGGCUGUAACUGUGUCCGCUAGAAGGGCAUCACGAGCCUGGCUGUAACGUUAGCUGAAACAUGACGCCGUCGACGUUGAUCCCGGUUGUUGUUGUUCUGUGGAGUGAGUUUGUUUGAAAUUAUAUUCCGAUUACCGUCCAAAUCGGAACGAUCAGAGAAACAGAAGGCUGGAAUUAGACACAGGAGAGAAAUUGGGUGAAAGAGCGCGUGCUCUGAGCGCCGCAGAAACGCAGUAAGCUACAUUGUAUCAAGUAGUUGUUGCUGAUAACGCGAUACAGUGUUACUUUACUGAAAUACCAGCGGGAGACGAUUCAGGAACGUCUUGUAUUCGAAGUUUAUCGCCCAGCCGUAUGCAGUUGUCAAGGACAUUUGUGGUGAUCCUGGUGCAGUGACUGUCCUGUGCCGUCUCUCUGCGCCCCUGUAUGUCCCCCGGCCACCCCCGGCCUGUCAUAGAGACACUGAGCUCAGGGACUGCGCUGCUGUAGGACCCCAUGGCUCUGGGCCCUACAUCCUCCUCCAUGGGCCCCUGGUCCUGGCUGGCUGAGCGGCUAAUGCUGGGGCCCCUGCUGGUCCUGCUGGUGUCUGGGCUGGGCAUGGCCCUUGGUCAGAGGGUUUACACCAACACAUGGGCUGUCCAUAUCGCUGGAGGACCAGACGAGGCUGACCGCAUUGCCGGUAAACACGGCUUCGUCAACCAUGGCAAUGUAUUUGGUGAUAUCUAUCACUUCCGGCACCGUUCUGUGGAGAAGAGGUCUCUGUCGGAUCACCGAGGGACGCACGUCCGUCUACAAAAAGAGCCUCAGGUGACGUGGGCAGAACAGCAGGUGGUGAAGAGUAGGAAGAAGAGGGACAUCUACACGGAGCCCUCGGACCCCAAGUUUACCCAGCAGUGGUACCUGUACAAUGCUAAUCAUCGUGACCUGAAUGCUAAAGGUGCGUGGGAGCUGGGCUACACUGGGAAGGGAGUGGUGGUGUCCAUCCUGGAUGAUGGUAUAGAGAAGAACCACCCAGACCUUAUAUCAAACUAUGACCCAGACGCCAGCUAUGAUGUGAACGAUGGCGAUCCAGACCCUCAGCCACGAUACACACAACUCAACGACAACCGGCAUGGGACUCGUUGUGCAGGAGAGGUGGCAGCGAUGGCCAACAAUGGGAUCUGUGGAGUCGGGGUGGCCUACAACGCCAAGAUUGGAGGAGUGCGUAUGCUGGACGGCGAGGUGACAGACGUGGUGGAGGCCCAGUCUCUCAGUCUGAACCCACAGCACAUCCACAUCUACAGUGCCAGCUGGGGCCCUGAGGAUGAUGGGAAGACAGUGGAUGGACCUGCCAAGCUAGCCAAGGAAGCCUUUCUGCGCGGCGUGACCGAGGGUCGUGGGGGCCUGGGCUCCAUCUUUGUGUGGGCAUCAGGGAACGGCGGACGUGAGAAGGACAGCUGUAACUGUGACGGCUACACCAACAGCAUCUACACCCUGUCCAUCAGCAGCUCCACCCAGAACGGCAACGUGCCCUGGUACAGCGAGGCCUGCUCCUCCACCCUCGCUACAACCUACAGCUCUGGCAACCUCAAUGAGAAACAGAUAGUGACCACGGACCUCAGACAGAAGUGUACUGACACCCACACGGGCACCUCUGCCUCGGCUCCACUGGCUGCUGGGAUCAUUGCCCUCGCACUGGAAGCCAAUAAAAACCUGACAUGGAGGGACAUGCAGCACUUGGUCGUGAGGACCUCUCAUCCCGCCCACCUCCUCACCAACGACUGGAAUACCAAUGGGGUCGGACGAAAAGUGAGCCACUCAUAUGGGUAUGGUCUGCUUGAUGCCAGUGCGAUCGUGGCUCUGGCUGAGAACUGGACCAACGUCGGGCCCCAGAAGAAAUGUGUGCUGUCCAUGGUGGCAGAGCCCAGGAACAUUGGGAGCCACCUGCUGAUCACCAAGACAGUGGACGGCUGCGUUGGGACAGCCAACCAUGUGAGCUCCCUAGAACAUGCCCAGGCCCAGCUCACCCUCUCCUACAACCGCAGGGGCAACCUGGGCAUCUACCUGACCAGCCCACAGGGCACCCGCUCCACACUGCUCGCUCCCAGGCCUCAUGACUACUCGUCAGAGGGCUUUAAUGACUGGGCCUUCAUGACCACACACUCCUGGGACGAGGACCCCCGGGGGGAGUGGACCCUGGAGAUAGUAAACAUAGCUGGGGCCAGCGACUAUGGCACUCUGACUCAGUUCACCCUGGCGCUGUAUGGUACAGGCUCAGACUCUCCCAGCUCCACAGCCAAGGACCUCUCUCAGUCCAGUAAUGGCAGCUGUAAGACUUUUGACCUACAGCAGAUCUGCAUUGAGUGCAAUGGUGGCUACUACCUCUUCCAGCAGGGCUGUGUGAGGGACUGUCCAGCAGGCUACACUGCAGGCUCCCAGCUCCUAAAUUACACCAUGGGGAACUUUGUGGAUCCAGCCUCCGUCCCCUCCUGCCUGCCCUGCCGACCCCCCUGCCUCACCUGCAGCGGCCUCAGCCCCAGCGCCUGCCUCUCCUGCCCCCCUCACAGCCACCUGGACCCUGUGUCCAGCACCUGCCUGCACCUCAACCAGAUCCAGAGGGAGUCCCCCGGCAACUUCAUGGUGGGCCAGGGCAACGCCGGUCCCCGCACAGAACUCAGCUCCCACCUGCCCGUCACCAUCGCUGUGCUCAGCUGCAUGGUCAUCAUGGCCACCUUCGCUGGGGUGUUCGUUCUGCUGCAGCUGAGAUCUGGAGUCCUGGCCAAACUGCCCUCACUGGAGGAGGCAGGCUCAGGCCUGAGGGGGGGCUUCGGCCUGGGUGGCAGCAGCAAAAUGGUUUCGUACCGCGGUAUCCCUACAGUUUGGGGCGACGAGGGGGUGAACACUGACUCUGACAACGAUGAGUUUGACGUCCACAAUGAGAAGACUGCCUUUAUCAAAACACAAAGUGCUCUUUAACCCCCUCCUGUCUUCCUAUUCCUGCUUUCUACAGCCUCUCCCCCAAUCACUCUGACUCGUCUAAUUCCGGGCUCCCUAGCCUCCUCAUGGUCCCCUCCUCUGGUUUCCCUUUCCCUGUUUCGCUCCCUCGUUCUUCCUGUCCUCGGGUUUCAUCCCCCAGGUUUAGUGUUCCACUCUGCAGUGGGUGACCUGAUGGGAGACUGGAGUCACGUGGAAUGGGGAUGGCCUGGGUGUGCUCGGCGCUCGCUUCACACUCGGGUGCUUUUCUAUUAAAUGGACUCUCUGUGCCCUUUCGCCCUCAAUCACCAACAGACAGAGUGUGUCUGAACACAGCCCAUUUCCCGUAUGGCUCCAGGGUUUCCAUGUCACAAUAAACAAACGAUUAUUGUU